CACUUCCUUCACAGAAAGAAAAUCUUCUUCGCUAAUCACUACCAUCUGAAGUCUAAACAAUGCACUUCUUCCAUACUUAAAAAACCACCCACCAAAACCCAUUAUCCUUCUCUUUCGUUGCACUUAACCUAAACCUUAAAGCUUAGCCUGUGUUUUACUUUUUCUAUCCAUUUAAUACAUUUGAGAGACAGAAUUGAGAGAAGGAAAAGAAUGUCUACUUCGGUUUUUAUUCACAACUUUUGUUUGCUUCCUUCCUGUUCUCCAAAUUGCUCUCAGAAUCGAAACUUGGCUUAUACGCCUCUUCGGUUUCACUCUCCUAAUUCCAAUUUGAAGUUGAAUAAGAAAUCUUUCCCCUUCAAUACUCACUUCAAGAUUUCCACGGCCCAGAAACCUCGCUCCAGUUUUGUAGUUUUUGCAGCACAGUCCAAUUUCUUAAGAGUUCUGCAGACUGCAUGGAAUGUCGGUAGGGAUGGAAUUGAGGCAGGUGCUAAUCUGGUUCCCAAUUCUGUACCAAGACCAAUAGCUAGGAUUUCCGUUGGAACUGUGGCUUUGACUCUCUUGCUUUUUGUGCUCAAGUCAGUCCUCUCUACGGUGUUCUUUGCUUUGAGAAUUAUCAUGCAUGGUUCAAUCAAUAGUAACAUGAUGUGUAGGAUUUGUUUACAUGUCCAUCUUGGGUUGCAAUUUCAUUGUCUUUCCAGAAUUUUGAAUGAAAAUAAGACCAAAAAUUUGUUGCAUAGAGAUGCCUAAAUUUAUUAUGCUGGUUUAUGUAAUGAUCCCUGUAGACCACUGUUCUUUUGUGUUGCCUCUCUUUUGAAGCUUUUGGUUUGUUUAGCCUCUUGGUUUGGAAUCCAAGGAAGAUAGCCUCAAAUUAUCAGAACACAGCUCUGCCAAAUCUAAAUCACUUUUUCGGCUCUUCAAAACUAAAAUUGAAAGUAUGUGAUAACUGCCAUGACCUAGCAAUUUAAUUUUAAAUUAUAAAUUAGUGAAGAGGAUUUCCAUGGAGUUUUUACUGCUCAACAUUCUUUCUCCCUACAUAUGAGAAUAUCAUUUCCGGACGCUGUUGCCCCUUGGCUCCCUUUUUCUUUCCAUCCUGGGUGAAAAAGAAUAAAAAAGAACAGCGCAAUGCAAAAGCAUCCCAUAUUAGGCAGGGUCUGGGAAAGACCCCACUCAAAGGGUGUGAUGCAGCUAGACUAACCUGAUGCAAAUAUCAGGGGUUGAUUCCAAGAGUUACCAUGACCUUCUGUUCACAUGAAGACAAUUUAACUAUUGCUCAAAGGGUGAAAAGGAAUAAAAGAAGCGAAGAAAAAAGAGAAAAAAAAUCCAUAUUUUGAGUCUUUUAUAUAAGAUUUUCUAUGCAACAAUAAUUGUGAUGUAAUCAUAUAUUCCACAUGGUUUACCUAAGAUUACCAUUCCAAGCUUU